UAGGCGACGGGACGUAUGAUGAAGGGAGGAGGAGUUACUGAAGACAUACACGCUGAUUUAAUGGCUUGUUCAUACUGUAUGAACACUGCGUUUACCGUUGUGUGAUUUUUGUAUUGAACGAUGGCAGGAUUUUGCUUUCUUCAUGGGUCAUAAUGCAGCAUAAGAAUGUGAAAAUCCGUCAAAGACCAGUAACUGGGAAACAGAGAGGACUUCCCUUACUUUGUAGGAAGCUUGUGAAGCAUAAUGGAUUUUGGGGAAUCCUGAAGCACCUCCGAUUUCACCCGAGCUGCGUCUGUUUUUCAAACUGCAAUAAAGGAAGAAAGAGCCGCUUUCUGCAUAAAAAGAAAUGGCAAGGCACCCAAUGUAAAUGUUUAAAGGGUGUGUUGAACAGAAAUUCAACUUCUAAAGCAAACCCAAAGAAAUGCAGUACACUGAUAUCAGCAGGAAUUGUCCUAGAAGAGUUAGAAAAUGGUAGUACUUUACCUGAGGAAACUUUAACAUCAAACCCACAGGCAGAAGUGUGUGCUAAGAAAGAAACUGACAAAGAGUUGUCUGUAUUUCCUAAUCCACAGAUUGAGCGUUCAGCUAGUGAUAGACAUUUUCAAAGGCAGAUCGAUAUUCCUAGUGAAGACACUUCGCUUUUGUCUGUCCAGAAAUGCAAAUCCAUAAUGAAUGGGAGAAGCAUUCACAGCAACAACAAAGCAGCCAAGGUAGCUAAAAGCAGUUAUAAGAAAGCACUUUUAAAGAAGCCACAUACUGUCAAUAAGAAUACAAAGCAUUUGAGAUCAGGUCUCAAAGACAAAAACGUUCCUUUGUUGAUGCGGAUUACGGAGUCAUCUCUCUUCAGAUUUGCACAUCGAUGUAGAUUCAAGAACUUGCCAAUAAAAAGGCACAGAAAAGCAGAACGAGCUAAAUACUUGUCAAGGAUUUCCACCCUCAGACAGAAAAAGCUAAAAGGGAUAGCGCUUAACUUCUUAUCUCAGUGCAAUAGGGACUCAGAAGAAGUAAUGAAAGAAACAAAUAGUUACCGGCUGCUAAAAUUAAGAAAGUACAAGAAGCCUACUUUGAACAAAACUAGGGAAUAUGGGGUAACUCAUUCAGAUCUAGAAGAAAUGAGUUCACAGGACACCUCAGUCCCUGUAGAGAUUGCAUUGGUGGAAACAGCUGAAAAUGACCCCAGUGUUGAGCCUGUGGAUCAGCUGUGCAACUCUGCUAGUAAAGUUAGUAGUGAAUGCAAACAGACGUUUGUGAAAAAAGCAGUUUCACCCAAAAGUGGAAAACUAAAAGAAGAUCCAGGGCAAAUAGCUACUGACCAGGUAGAACACACCUUCGUUAAUGGCACAGGUUGCACAGAGAGUAGUAACGCUGCUAAAAACACUGACAAGGAGGUUGGGCUUCCUGUUUCAAUCUCUAACCGUUUCCAGACCCAGUUACGGGAUCACGUGUAUUGUAAGAGUCGUACUUCUAUAGCUGGAGAUCUUACUGAUGAAUCUGAUGGAAGUGAGAGUAUAACAAAAGUGCAGCUGCUGACAUCCAUGACUGGUGAUGAAGAAAUUACUGAACUUAUUCAUGAUUAUCUGGAGGAGUUUUAUGGGAAAUAUGGCAGUUUCAUUCCUCUUAGCGAAAAUGAUGUGCUGGAAAAUCUACAACAGGUUUUAAAUCAAGAUGUUUCUGAAAGAAAACUUUUCAUAUUCAUGGAAAUCAUGAAGUAUCAGGCUGCACUUGCAAGUGCGCCAAUGUUCAAUUUCAAAGUGUCCUAUAAUAAGCAUACCUUGACUUUGGAGGAUCUGUCUACUUUAGAUGGUCAGAACUGGCUGAAUGAUCAGGUUAUAAACAUGUAUGGUGAGUUGGUUAUGGAUGCAGUACCUCAUAAGGUUCACUUCUUUAACAGUUUCUUUCAUAAACAACUUGUAACCAGAGGAUAUGAAGGAGUGAAGAGGUGGACCAAAAAGGUAGACCUGUUCAGUAAAUCCCUUUUGUUGAUUCCUAUCCACCUGGAGAUCCACUGGUCUCUGAUCACUGUGGAUAUGCCUAACCAGCACAUCCAGUUCUACGACUCUCAAGGAAUUCAUUUCAGAUACCCUGUUGAGAACAUCUUGAGAUACUUGCUGACUGAAGCUAAAGAAAAGGGCAAGCCGAUUUUCCAGAAAGGUUGGAAAAUGAUCGUGAGCAAGUGCAUUCCACAACAGAACAAUGACAGUGACUGUGGCGUGUUUGUUUUACAGUACUGCAAGUGCCUGGCCUUAGGAAAACCUUUUCAGUUUUCCCAAGAGGACAUGCCCAAAGUACGGAAAAGGAUAUACAAGGAGCUUUGUGAAUGCAGGCUCUUAGAAUGAGAGGGAACCACCAGUGGCAUUACUUCCUUCACGUUUUACUUUGUUUUGUUUUCCGUAUGCCACAAAUGUGUGUCUGCAUUAGUGGCGAAUGAAUAGGGUACAUGAUUUCAGACCAAUUACAUUAUGGAAAUUCAACUAAAACUGUGUGAAACUUCACUGUAAAAGGUUACUUGCGUGCUCACUUAAUAGCCCAGUCUAAAGAUAAUACAUUUAGCAGGAGAACCAUAGGGGAGGGGGAUUCUUUGUUACUGGUAGAUGACUUACUUUAGGCUCUCGUAUGCAGUGUUGGUUCUAAAACCUGUCCAGCUAGGCCAUACAUCAUAGCAAAAGUAGUACUGUUUAUAGGAAAAGGUCUGCUAAGGUGAAAACCUACUGUUACCUCAAGUUAAAGUUUAUAAUUUGUUUACAAUCAGUUGCAAGUAAUUACCUGAUCAUUAGUGUGCCUGUACUUAGAAGGCAUGUAAAUGUGGCAAUGAGUUGAUCUGGGCCCUGUGCACAGUAGUACACAUCUUUAAAGCUGUUGUCACACUUCUGUGUGACGAGCUGAUUUAAGUUAAUUAUAACCAAAUUGUGUUUAUUGUAUUGUUAGAGCGUUUAACACAUUUCUAGUUCACUUGAUUAGUUAUUAAGCUAUAUGAAACCAAUAAGGCUUGAAUGGAUAUUCAAUUUAAACAUAUAGUGUAGUUGCACUAUAAAUAUGACUGAUUGGGGGGUGGUAGUGAUGGGUUGGUCAAUGGAAUGGAAGGUUGCCUCUAUGGACAAUGUGUAUUUUGGGACAAAUACUUGCUUUGUUUUAUUUAUAUAUAUAUAUAUGAGAUAUCUUACACACACACGUGCUGCCAGGUUUUUCUGCGAGCUCACCCCCCCCCCCCCCCC